AUGGUCUUUGCCAGUAUCCGACUCAACUGCGCCACCCAAUCCGAACAGGAGGAGAAGAUGGCACAGGAGCUGGCCGUGUACAAUGUUCAAAAGGACCUGGAGCGUGGCGGUCUCCUAGAGGGGCACAUCGGAGGCAAGCUCGGGCUGAUCAACGAUGUUGCGCGGAGGACGGGAGUCCACAUGUCGUUGCCGGGGCUGCAGCGACAGGGCAGCGCCAACUUCUAG